CAAAGGGUUAAGCAUGUGUGCACACAUACAUACAAGCAAGCUAUAAUACACACAGCUUAACCCAAGCACAUCAUAAACAACGUGUGCCCUGUUGUGAAGCUUAGGCUGUAACCUGUGUGUUUAUUUCAUUUUAUUAUUCUACUCAGUUGUAUGUAUUUUAUUUAUUUUGUUUCAUGUAAAAUGAAUGUAUUACUCUCUUGCUUACAAACAUUGCCCUUAGAAAAAUGAAAGAACAAGGACCUGGAAAUGUCAUUUUAAUCACUUUAUAUUUUCUGCAUUCCCCUUGCUGCUUUUAUGGUGUUUCCAGUCAUUGAGUGGUUCUGGGUCAUGUUGCUCCAAUGUUGAGUUAUUUGUAGAAUAACCAUCAAUGCUAAGUGAAGAUGAGUGAAGAAAAUCGUACAAGAAAUGAGGAUUGACGGAGAGUUAGGACAAAAAACAAACAAAAAAAAACAACACAGACCAAAACCAGGAGGAAUUUUUUUUUUUUUCAGCAUGAGCAAUGGGGGAGAACCAGGAAGAGGACAUUAACUCUUGUGUCACUGUGACCUCCACAGAAUUCGCCGAGUCGGAUAUUGAUUUCUCCAAUUCUGAAGAGGAAGAUGAAGAGAAAGAGGAGAAGAGCUGGCAUUACCAGUCAAUCCAUGAGGAGGCUGGCCGAGGUGAAGGGAGCUUACCUUGGACUAAAGAGGCCUCCAACUCUCUAAGCUUCUGGGGUGAGCCCAGCCAGCCCGUCACGGUUGAGCAGUUCUCUUCCCGCUGUGGCCCACAGCACUCCCUGGGACCAGAGGCCGAUGCGCUGGACUACUUCCAUCUGCUGUUCCCCGACUCGCUAGUGCAUCACCUCGUGGAGCAGACCAACUCUCGCGCCAGGCUGCUGCAGCAGGAGAGAAGCCUGCCAGACGAGGAGUGGCAUCCCACCAGCGCCUCUGAGAUGCGCGCUUUUAUCGGCCUUGCCAUCCUGAUGGGUCUGCAGCCCCUCCCCAACCCGAGCAUGUACUGGUCCAGCCAGCACUUCGAGGGCAGCCUGGGCUUCUUGAACACCAUGCAUGCCCGUCGCUUCCACAAGAUUCAGCACUACAUCCACUUAAGCCCCCCUCGGGGCGCCACACCAUCUGACUGGCUGCACAAGAUCCGCCCCCUGCUGGAAGUGGUGGAGAGGACCAUGUGGGACUCCUACCUCCCCAACAAGUGCCUGACCAUUGACGAGGCCUUGAUCCCGAGCAGGGGCAAUGGGGAGGGGGGCAGGCUGAAAGUGUGGCUGCUCUGCGAUUCCAAAUCCGGAUAUUGCCACCGAACCCUGAUCCAGUCCCAGAGGAGCCAGUCCAGGGGGUGGCUGGGACACAGAGUGGUGCUGCCCUUGCUCGAGGGUCUCCAGGGCAAGCACCACCAAGUCUUCCUGUCAAACAGCUUGGUGUCAGUUCCCCUGAUGCAUAGCCUGCUCCAGAAGGGAAUAUACAGCGCCGGCUCCUUCCCGACGGACCGCCGGGAACUUCCCACGGAGCUGAGGGAGGCUGGGCGUCUGGAGAAGCAAGGGGACUUCCGGCAGUGGCAGCACGGGAACCUGGUGGCCACCCGUUGGAAGGACACCCGAGAACUGUGCUGCCUGUCCACCAACGCGCAGCCCGGGGUUAGCGACUCGGUCUGGAGGAAGACCGAGAGCGACAGCGGGCUCCUGCAGCUCGUGCCCAGACCCCUGCCGGUGCAGCUGUACCAGGACAGCAUGCGAGGGGUGGACACCUGCAACCAGCUGUGCAACUCCUGGCAGCUGGGCCUGCCCUGCGGGAAGCACUGGUGCUCCUUCUUCUGGUUCUACCUGAACCUCUGCAUCCUGAACUCCUUCAUCAUCCUCCGGGAGAGCUGCAAGGAGAGCCCCCCGGCCUGGCUCCCAGGGAAGCGCUUCUCCCAGCUGUACUACCGCCACCGGCUGGUCCAGCAGCUCACUGGCCGCUUGGGGUGGCCAUCUGAGAGGGGCAGGAGGAGGAGGGGUGGAGGAGGAAGAGAGAGAGAGGAGGAGGGGGAGCAGUCGCCUGCCCGCCAGCACCGCAUGGUGAAGAUCUCCCCCAGGCCAAAGAGGUGUCGUAUCUGCCACCGCAAGGGGCAGCGCCACGAGAGCGUCUACGGGUGCCUGGUCUGCAACGUGAACCUGUGCAAGAACACGGGCUGCUUCCAGGAGUUCCACCACUUUGAAGACACGGAAGGUCCACACACAUCUUGUUUUAAUGCAGUUCAGCUGCACGACUCAGAGCACACUGAAAGUGGCACGAGCCCAAACUUGUGUCUACUGAAUAGUUUCACCCUUGCAAAACACACUGCACACUACAGUAGAGCCCAGUGUUUAUGGAAGGCAGUUUAUAUCAUUGUAAUUGCUGGCAUGAAUGCAGUCUUAUCUGAAAUGCCCUUAACUGAGUGCUUGUUCCCUAAUUUAUUUUUAUUUUUUUUCUCCUGUUACAGUUUUGGUUGUGGGGAAACAAAGUAUUUUUAUUGUGUGUACAGAUGUUCAUAGAACAUAAUGAAGGAAUUCAAAAGUAAAGCCGAUAUAGCAACAACUUUUUAUGUUUAAUAUUAGUUCCUGAGUAUAGUAUUAUCUUAUGUAAACCUGUCACCCAAACUGCACAAAAUACAAUUGUACUUAAUAGUGAGACACCCUGCCUAAUGUAUCUCCUGUGUUACUCAGUACAGUUUCUCAUUUAUCAUAGUAUUUUCCAGUUCUUUUAAAAUGCCUCCAUUCAUUCAUUCUGUUUUCUUUUU